UAUUUCACUAAUACAAACAAACUAUUAUUGAAUAUGUCCGACGCAACUGACAGAAAGAAGAGAGUUUUCAAAACCUUCUCCUACAAGGGUGUUGACUUGAAGGAAUUGUUGGAAAUGCCAACUGAAGAAUUUACCCAAUUGUGCUCUGCCAGAGUUAGAAGAAGAUUCUCCAGAGGUUUGGGAUCCAAGCCAAUGGGUUUGAUCACCAAAUUGAGAGCUGCUAAGUUGGCUGCUGUGCCAAACGAAAAGCCACCAGUUGUUAAGACUCACUUGAGAAAUAUGAUCAUUGUUCCAGAAAUGAUUGGAUCUGUUGUUGGUGUUUACAACGGUAAGGUUUUCAACAAUGUUGAAAUUAAGCCAGAAAUGGUUGGUAAAUACUUGGGUGAAUUCUCCAUCACCUAUACUCCAGUUAGACAUGGUAAGUCUGGUAACGCUUCCUCCAGAUUCAUUCCAAUCAGAUAGGUUUGUAAAUUAUUAAUUUAUCUCAUCACAAUAUAAGAGUUAAUUCU